AUGGCUACCGUAGCAGCGACAGAAAUCGAGACUACUGAGGAGCUGGGAGGAACAGGAGCAGGCAACGAUAUCAAGCUUUGCAAGAAAGUCAUUUACCAUACUUUGGCAAGCGGCAAGUCCGGUCCUCUCGACCCAAGCGCUGCAGCAGCGAGCAGGGAAAAAAUCGAUGUGAAGAGAAAACCGUUUGUGGAGCAGCAUUGUGGCAGCCGGGGACAGCUUAUCAGCAUUCUUCGCUUGGACAGCGAUCACCAGCAUCCGGCUGAUCGAUCGGUUUGCAAGAAACUGAAGAACUUUGCCUUUGCUUAUGCGACUCAGUGGACGAGAGGUCUCGACUUCCGGAUCAUUUUCGCGUCGCAUUUAAUCUUCUGGACGAGCUUGCUGCCGGCUAUCGCGUUUGGGAGCUGGCUGCAAGUGGAAACUCAUGGCAGUCUCGGCAUCACGGAAGUUCUCGUCUCGACAUGUUUCUGCGGACUGGCUGUGGGUAUCCUUGGUACGCAGCCACUGAUGGUCGUCGGAGUGAGUGUUCCAUCGAUAAUUUUCAUGGUCGCUGCUUCUCGGACUGCCGAGCGACUUUCGCUAGAUUUUCUUCCCUGGCUGGCCUGGAUCGGACUGUGGUGCGCACUGCUGCUGUUCUUCCUCGCUACCAGCGGUGCUUGUCGGCUCACAGCACAUCUUACAUUUUUUAGUUGGGAGAUUCUGAGGCUUUUCGUCGGGUUCAGCCUGCUCUGGAUCGGGGUUACGGAGAUAGUUCGGUUCUUUUCUGCUGCUCACUCACUGGAGGCUUCGAUACUCUCACUCUGGCUUGCUACCUGUACUCUCGUCUUGGCGGUGGUACUGAGUGGAGCUCAAUCCUGGCGGUGCCUCAAUGGACAAGCUCGUGAGCUCAUCCAGAAUUAUGGUCCCGCUUUAACAUUUCUCGUCUUCACAGUUCUUCCACUCCUCCCAAAGUUUCAGCACAUUCAAUUCGAGCGAGUGGACAUGCCGGACUUUCUCUGUCGAACCGACAAUCUUACAAGGCUAGGAACUCUAGUCCGGCUGAAGAGUGUUCCAAUGUGGGCUAUUCUUCUCGCAUUCAUCCCAGGAGCUCUCCUGGCUUGCAUGAUCUUUGUAGAUCACAACGCGGGUUCCGUGGUGUUAAAGCAUGCAAAUGGCUACGUUCUUCCGGAAAAGACGCCAGGGAGUUGGGACCUCUUCAUUAUAGCCGUGCUUGUUUGCUCCUGCAGUAUUUUUGGGAUUCCUUUCUGCUAUGGUCUUUCUGCACAGAGUAUUGCACACAAGCGUGCUUUAAUUUUUCACGUCAACGUUCGUGAUGAAGAAGGCCAGCAAAAGUCUAAAGAGGUCAUCAAGUCGCAGCGCAUCUCUGUGAUGAUCGUUUCUAUGCUGUGUGGGAUACCGUUUGUCCCUGGGAUCGAUCUUUUACUAGAAAAAAUUCCACUUGGAGUGAUUGCGGGGAUGUUUCUCGAGAUGGCAUACUCGUGUUUGAAAGAACUAAAGGCUAUCAAGAGGCUCAAAGUGUUUUUUACUGUUUCUGACAGUCGUAAUCGGUCUUCGCUCUGUCAAAGAAGGAUCUACUGCACAACCCAGAUGUUUUGCGCAUUGGUCAUCUUCACAACAAGCAGGACUCCAGCAGCUUUGGUCUAUCCAAUAUUCGUUCUGCUCGUGAUCGGCUUUCGUCACUACGCCUUACUGAGUAUUUUUACGGCAUGCGGCCUGGCUGCACUCGAUUCGCCUCUCAGCUCGGGUGGAACGAUUUUGGAAUAUCAAGAGUCUACGAAAGCAGAGGUGCAGCCUAGCUCAGCUCUAGUUCGAACUAAAGCCGUGGAGAUUGAAAGCAGUAGCUCACCGCAGUCUCGGGGAAGUCCGUCGAUGCUCAUUAUGCCGAGUAGCAGGAGGCUGAAAGAAAGAUCUCGCAGACGUAACAAAAGAAAGAGGCAGACAACAGGAUCAGCGGCGAGAACUGAAGAUGAUCGUGACGAUGGCUCCAGAGAGAUGAACCAAGUGCGGUCCUUCUCCCAGCAGGCUUCCAGUUUCGACCAUUCACGGGCCGGUCAAGCUGCCGAGUUCAACAAGGACAGUACUCGUGCUUUUGGACGUUCCAAGAGAAGAGCUCUAAACAUUGAGCUGCAUUCCAACCUCUUAUACGACCACGGCUGGCAGAAUUCAUUGACUUUGCUACAUCAAGAUGCUGAUCUGGGGGACGUCCACUCUGUCACACAAAGCCCAGCGACUUACGAGUCUCCUCAUCGACCUUCUCCUGCAAGUUCGCAGCUGAAUGGCCAUCACAAUCACCAGCAGAGCUUGGAGUGUGUCAAGACGAACUCUGACGGCGGUGCCGGGGCUGGGUGCGGCAGUAAUUCAAGUCACUCAUCGUCUCACUCUAGGAAGAGGAAGACGGUACCUUUGGCGAGUGCUGGCUUCAGCACGACAGAAAAUCCAUGUUUUAUGCAAGAUCGGGACGACAGCAACUUAGUGCCGACAACAGGCCGAGAAACUGUGCAACAGAACUAAGGAUCUGAUUUGACUGAGACGGCUGGCAAUCUUGUACUUGUACAGUACAGAUUGUCCAAUGCCAAGGUGUAGACUUUGGUGCCGGCUGAAGUGGUGGUUCUGCUGCUGCUGCUGCUGCUGCACGGACUCGGGUGACACUUUUCCCGCACAAAAAGAUGAAUGCCAAUUCAAUUCUCGUGAUUGUAUCA